AAAGAUUUCCCGCGUCAUCGGCAAGAAAUGCUCACCGGACGGGAGAGCUUGCUCCGGUUGAUUGGAAAACGCCGGCGAUAUCUCCCCAAUCGCCAACUUCUUCUCUCCGCUCCUACUCCGAAUUCGUUGAAUCUCGAGGUCAACGACUAUGGCAAUCUUAUCUCAUUAGCCGUAGAUGACGGUCGUUUGUCGGAGGAUCCGACUUCUUCAGAUGACCCAAGCAAAUUCUCUGAUGAUAUGAGUCUAUCCACGAGGAAGAAACGGAGAUUGACUCAGACCACUCUUCUUCAGUCAAGUUUCUGGUCAGUGCCAAAACAAUUAGAAGAUGGUCUUGUAAUCUGUACCCAGCAGCAACCAAUACUUGAUUCUGAAACUUCUCAAUUCAAUUUGGUGCAAAGAAGUGACUCCAUUUGCUGCAAGGUUGAAGAUGGUUCAUGUUCUCCAAGUAGUGAGGAGAUUUUGAAAACUGUGACUUUAGAUGAAGCCAAUGGUGAGGCUAUUGAAACCUUUAUAGUUGGUAGGAAGUUCAGUGAUGUUCAUGAUAUAGAGAUUGGGGGUAACAUUUCUCUUUUGAGACAUCCUGAGAAUGUCAAAGAUCGCAAUGCUAUAAAGGUUGUUUCUGCAGACUCUGAAAUGCUUGGGUAUCUACCUAAAGAUAUCUCCCAGUGCUUGUCCCCGCUGAUCGAUGACUAUGACCUUAAGUUUGAGGGAACAAUAACAUCUGUUCCAAAGAAUUCUUCUGAAGCUGUUCCGAUCAAAGUUGUUUCUCACAAGAUGACAUCUGAUGGUUGGAAGGAAUGUGAAUUUUAUGGAGAUUUUAAACCUCUUUGGGAGAAAGUUCUUCAACUUGUUCACCAUCAGAUGCAAUUUCCGCCUAAAACAACAAGAUACCAGUUGAACUUCAACGUAUUACUACAAGAGGUUCUAAGAAGCUGCUCUCACCUAUUCACAGCCGAUGAAAGGGCAUUCUUGGAAUCUUUCCCCACUCUUUCUGAGGAUAGCCAGAGACUUUUCAUCCGGCUUUACACACGAAAAGGACCUUGGUUUAGGCUAUCAAAUAUAUCAUACCCUGAGGUGUCUGAUUCUCUUCAAGCCCUGAAGGAUCUAACAGUCAGGGGAUUUAUGAGUUCAGUGAAAGACGCAAGUGAACUAGAUCACCAAAAGAUGAAGGAGAUCACAGAGUUGCUUAACGUCACUGAACUCCGUGAUAUCUUAUCUAUUAACAAGGUGUUCAGUUGCGGCUCAAGAAAGAGAGACCUUAUUAAUUCACUUUGUUCUUGUUACAACGAUGGAACGAGAAUAAAUCUAGCAACAAUAAUUCUAGAAAGAACAGGACUAUGUGCUAAGAUAUCCAGUACAGCAGAAUCUCUCAUAUGGCGCGUUGAGAGGCUUUUCUUCCUCAAUGGGGAGCAAGAUCUAUCGUCUUUUGUUCUGCUGGAUCUUGGUAUUAUCAAAUACCCAACUUACAAAUGCAUUGACUCAGAGCAAAUAUUUUCGAAUCGGACUAAGCUUUUAGCAUACGAAGAGGCCAUUGAAGUGGCUCAGUUGAUGGAUGAGUCUCUUGACAAUGAGGAUUCUCGGACAGUGUUGAAAUGCAUCAUGAUUGCUGAAACCCGCAUAUCCAGUUCUUCUUUGGAUUCUGCUCACGCUGCUGCAUUUAAUCGCUUUACAGCUUCAUGGGUUUACUCAAAGGUGGUUCUCUUAGGAGUUUCCUUUUUUGAGAACCACAAAAGGUACAACCAAGCAGUUUAUCUACUGAGGCGAUUGCUCAGCUGUUUUAAUUGUGAUGGGAGACGAGGAUACUGGACAGUCAGGUUAUCAACGGAUUUGGAGCACAUGGGACGUCCAAAUGAGAGCCUUACAGUAGCAGAGCAGGGACUAUUGGAUCCUUGGGUGCGUGCUGGUUCAAGGGUAGCUUUGCAAAGGCGCAUUCUUCGUUUGGCAAAACCUCCAAGACGCUGGAAAACUCCCACUUUUUCAAAUCUCGUCGAAAACAAGAUCCCUGAGGUUACUAUCCAAGGGAGAUCACUGAAUUGUGAAGUUGGCAUGAAAAACAGGUUUUAUGGAGAAGACGGAGAACAAUGUGGAGUCGAGCAGCUUGCAUUGCAGCAUUACAGUGGAGAAGGAGGAGGAUGGCAAGGAAUUCAUACAGAGAGUAGCAUCUGGUUAACGAUUUUCGGGCUUCUUAUGUGGGACAUUCUAUUUUCCGAUGUCCCGGGUGUUUUCCAAACCCGAUUCCAGACUGCUCCAUUGGACUUAGAGACUGAAUCCUUCUAUCUAACCAGGAAAGAUACAAUAGAGUCUCAGCUCGAAAAAGUUGCAAACGGAAUGGCUGAAGAAAUACUAAUCUUAUCAUAUGAAACACACCGUGGAACAGCAUGCAGGGGAGUGGCUUGGGAUCGGUUUUCGUUAGAGGAACUGAGAGCAGCAGUGGCUUGUGUUGGAGGUGUGUGUAUAGCAUCGCUGUGCCGGCAUUUAGCUCAAGACUAUAGGAGCUGGUGCAGUGGAAUGCCUGAUCUACUGCUAUGGCGGUUCAAGGAGAAUGGUUAUGAAGGUGAAGCUAAGCUUGUGGAAGUGAAAUCAGAGAAAGAUAGGUUAUCAGAACAACAAAGAGCUUGGCUUCUACUUCUAAUGGAUUCAGGCUUUAAUGUUGAGAUUUGCAAAAUAAAAACUCCACUUAUCUACACUUAUGACAUUGAUGUGAAGCGUAAAACAUCUAAGAGGGAGAUUGUGGUGGUUCAUGAAGACGCAAGGGCUGAUAUAUAACACAGAGGAACAUGGGAAGCUGUUUGGAGAACGAUUGAAAACUGUUUUAUGAUCCGUUUAAAGGUAAAACCAAAGGCAUGUAUUUUUUAUGAGAGAAUUUGAUACCAAAAAUCUAUGAAACGUAAUUGUGAAUGAUUCAAUGCGUUUCUUUUACAGUAAAACAAAUGCAAUAUGGUCUAUGUGUGAUGUAUUGUAUACACGUACGUAAUAGUAUUGUUCUAACCCUCUUAAUUAAAUGUUUCAUUUAAU